AUGCAAAUGUUCUAUUUGCAAGACAAGAUUUGGAGAAUCAGAUACAGUGUCUUGAUUAUUAAGAGAUCAGUCGAAACUACUGUAAGCUAUGUUUCUGAAGUUAUCAACAAUGAUGAACAGAACUCGGUGGCCAUAGACAAUGAUUAUGAUAUGGAUUAUGACUUUGAUGAAAUGGACACCAGUAUAGAAGUAGACAUGGAGACACAAGAGCCUAUUCGAGUCUUACCUCUCUCAGAAUCCGAUGCUGUCUUUGGUUAUGAGAAUGAAGAGUUUAACUCUGAUCUUGAUUCUGACGGUUGCGAAGACGAUUCCAGUGAGGAUGACAUGCUUGAUAGUGAAGACAACUUUCCUGAAUUCAACUCAGAAUUGAGUUUCAUCCAUCGUUUUAUCAUACAGGUCCUUGCACUAUUUGUAUCCUUGUACGUCAUCAAUGAAGGCGCCAUUCUUCUCAUUGCCAUCAUGAACAAAAUACUCGAGCUUUUCAGAGAUCCAUUCUGUCUCCCAGUUAGCAUCCCUGGUCUCAAAAGCAUGGCAGGAUUCAAUACCUUUACAGACGGUAUAAAGAAAUAUGUUUCUUGUAGCAAAUGUCACAGCAUAUAUGAGAACAAUGAAUCAACACCCCACUUCUGUAUCUUUGAUAAAUUUGGGAAUAACUCAAUGUGUGGUAAUAGUUUGUUCAAGUUGGGAAAUCAGUCGUCCAUUCCAAAAAGAACAUAUGUGUAUCACUCUGUUCAGAAUUCGAUCAAAGCUCUCUUUUCUCGGCCUGAUUUUGAAACCCAAAUCGACUCGUGGAACCAUAGCCCGAAGGCUGAGAAUACUAUGUUCGAUGUGUACAAUGGCUUGAUGUGGAAGGAUUUGAAAGACACCAAUGGAAUUCCCUUUGUUCAUGGCAACCGCUCACUGAUGUUGACCUUAAACAUUGACUGGUUCCAGCCAUUCGAUGGUGUGACAUAUUUGUGUGGUGCAAUUUACCUGGCUGUAAACAAUCUUCCUCGAAGUUUGUACAAGGGAGUCAGAGUCCAGACAUAUCAAUGCCCAAAUGGUACCACCAUCCGCGCUGCUCUGUUUAUGGUUGCCUGCGACAUCCCUGCUGCCCGAAAAGUGUGUGGAUUCACGUCCCAUACCAGUACAAACGCAUGCCACAAAUGUAAUCGUCAAUUCUCCCGAUUAGCUGGAACGAGCUCUGUCGAUUAUUCUGGAUUUGAUUUCUCAAAGUGGCUCCUUCGCACUAAGAAUGAUAAUUCUGAGAGACAUCGUCUUGAAGUUGAAAAUGGUGUUCGCUGGUCCAAACUGCAUCGUCUCCAGUACUUUGACGUUGUCCACUGCACGAUCAUUGAUCCAAUGCACAAUCUCUUCUUAGGCACAGCCAAGAGGAUGAUGGAGAAAUGGGUUGCAGAUGUGGUUCUACAAGGCGUACUACCAAAGCAAAAGUUUGAGAAUUGGAUGUUUUUUGUGAAUGCCUGCCAUUUCCUUACCAAGCCAAAUGUUUCCGAAGAUGAUGUACAGUCAGCACACAUAGCACUUGAGAAGUUCGGUAAAGGUUGUGAAAGGCUGUAUAGCAAGGAUCUGUUAUCUCCAAACAUGCAUCUCCAUCUUCAUCUUCGCGACACAAUCAAGGACUUUGGGCCUGUUUAUGGGUACUGGCUCUUUAGUUUCGAAAGGAGCGGCUUUGAAAUGACAUACAUGAAAACAUUCAUUGAAGAUACUCGUAAAGGCGAUUUUGUUCACAAUUUCUUGAAGACAUCUGGUCCAUUCAAUUUCUCCGGCAUCUUCGAUAAAUUGGUAACUGGUUAUAGACCUGCUGAUUCUACAACUAGCACCGCCUUGUACAAUUGGUUCUCUCUACCAGACUUUCUUGAUGCUGCUGAAAAUCCGAACUUGUCAAUUCGUGGUAACGAGCCUUUGCCGCCAUCAGCGCUGCCCUUGCAAAAAAAAGCAUAUGAGAUGAUGCCAAGACAGGAGUAUGAUUGUUUGGUAGGAUAUUACCAAGCUGUUUACAACGAUCCCACUAUCUCCAGUUGCAAAGACGUGAUUCAAGAUACAGCUUUUGUCAAUGACUGGAUCGAAAUGCUCAAAUCCGUCAACCUCCUUGGCCAGACAUUCAAGGGAAGUAGAGAAGGUCGAAACGGAACAAAGUAUGUGUAUGUUGGAGAGAUUCAUCCACUUGUUUCUACUCCACAUCACAGAACACUCCAAAGUAGCCAACAUACAUUUGCUUAUGUAAAAUGGUACAAGGCUUCCAAGGAGACAAGUAAAAAAAUUGCAGGCGUAGAAAUAUGGGAUGUCGCAUUUUCUUUGCCUGACUUUCAAAGCAUCUUGCCAGUGCACCAAAUUCUCCUUCCUGUUGCAAUUGUUGACCAUACAACAUUACGAAAUAUCAGCAAAAAACUUAUUGUUCCUUUGCCUAGAAAACUUUACUUUUAA